AUGCCUCGAAAUGGCUUGGCUGCUGGAUCAGCCGGAUCGUCCGGUGCUUUGGCGCGCUUCUAUCAACGCUCUUUUCCAGCAGUCGACUACGUUGCAUUAGGCUGCAUUGUGGCCGGAUGGAUCUUGAUCCAACUUUUUGUCACUCCUUUUCAUCGCAUGUUUUCUUUGGAUAGCAAAGCGAACCAGUUUCCCUUUGCGGUGGUGGAACGAGUGUCUGUUGUCUGGUCUAUCAUCUACGCUGGAGUUGUCCCCUUUGCGAUCAUUCUUCUCUGGGGCGCUACGAUCCGCCCAGCUCCCUACAAGCUCCAAGUGACCAUCCUUGGCUUCCUGGUCUCCAUAAUGUUGACCUCGCUCAUAACCGAUAUCAUCAAGAACGCCGUUGGAAGACCUCGCCCCGACCUGAUAUCCCGCUGUUUCCCCAAGAAGGGCACCCCGGAGAACGUUCUGGUACCCUGGACCGUCUGCACCCAACCAAACCAACAUAUCCUCCAAGAAGGAUGGAGGAGCUUCCCAAGCGGCCACAGCUCCUUCUCGUUCAGUGGGUUGGGAUAUCUCUCUUUCUUCGCUUCCGGUCAAAUGCAUGUAUUCCGACCCAGGACCGAUCUCUGUCGCUUUCUUCUCGCGCUGGUGCCGUUCCUCGGCGCUCUCAUGAUUGCCAUUUCGCGACUAGACGAUUAUAGACAUGAUGUUUACGAUGUCACCUGCGGGUCUGUCCUCGGCGUACUCGUCGCAUAUUUUUCAUACCGUCGAUAUUAUCCCGCACUGCGGUCGUUCGCCUGCGACACCCCCUACGACCGGACUGAGGUCGGCGUGGACGGUUUCUCGAAACUUCCAACCGAUGAGGAAGCACAGGGGCGCGGCUAUGGACCACGGAAUUGGGAACCCUCUGAAGAGACAUUUCAGCUGCAGGAGCUUAGUCCUCCCCGACAGUCUUAG